CUGAUCUUAUGCGCAGUUUGUAGAGAAGAAUCUGCUUUCAAGUUCAUUUAGGUUGUUGGGAAAAUCCGGUUGCUAGCGCUGCGGUCCAUGUUUUCUUAUUGGCUGUCAGCCAGGGGUCGCUCUCUGCUCCUAGAAGGCUGCCCACAUUCCAGUCUCGAUUCUCUUAUGAGGUUUUUGUGAUGAUGACUAAAUGAGACGUACUGUACACAUAGUGAUGAUGGAUGUGAUAGCUGCUUAAUGUCGCUGGGUGCAGAGGAUACCCCUCAACCCUUAAACACAGCACAUGUCUAUACAACAGGAAAUCCUACCAGGGGGCAGGUUCCGAAGUCUCGUGUAACAGAAGAGACUUCUGUUGGUCUUCCCCUACAAAGACAGAAACUGGGUUUUGCGCUGGACAAAUGUUUACUAAGUGAAGUGGAUGAGAUGCGGUGAAGUGUCUGGCACCAGUAGUGGGAAGAAUUCUAACUGGCCAUUCCGCAGUGAAAAGAAGGUGGCGAGGCUUGGGAAAGGCUAACCCCGCAGGGGGCAAAAGCACAGAAGUGGUGAGGAAUGCAGUAGGUGAGAAAUGCCUGCAUCGCCAGCGCUGUAAGCAGAGCCCCCUCAAUGGGCGGGCGCCUGUGAACGCAGGACCGCCUCCCACCCCCGCCCCCGCCCGGGCUGUGGGUACCCGUGUGGGGGACGCCGGGGGGACUGCGUGGGGGGCGCGUCUGGGCUCGGUCAGCCCCUCAUAGCCCAAUCCCCCCUCCGUGAGCCAUGCAAGUGGAGUCUCCCAGCCUGCGCCCCCUGGCUCUGGCUAACCAGCCUCAGUCCCCCCGUUGGAGCAUUUCGCCCCGAGCCUCCGAGCGCGCUGGUUGCCAGCUGCAGCUCGGAGCUUGGUUACGCAAUUACUUGCCGCGGCUGCGACCGCGGCCAAAGCCCACCCCGGCAAGGAGUGAAUUUGCCGCGAGGUUCCCGCCUCGGAAAGAGGCUUCCCUCACUGCUGGCCGAGUGCCAGAGAAGGUGUGCACGCAUCUCCCCGCCAAUACCCAACCAUGGGCAACUCCUGCUUUGGCCUCAAGGAACGGCUGAUGAAGCGGCUGCGGCCUCUGCCUACCGUGAUCGUCAUCCGUACCUGCCUGCCCCAGAGGAGGAGCAGGGAUUUCCGCGUGGUGGUGCUCGGCUCGGCCGGCGUGGGCAAGAGCGCGCUGGUGCAGAGGUGGGUGCGCGGCAACUUCCGUGAGGCGUAUCUGCCGACCAUCGAAGAUACCUACCGCCAGGCGCUGGGCUGUAGCCACAAGGCGGGCGCGCUGCACAUCACCGACACCACCGGCGGCCGCCGCUACCGGGGCCUGCAGCGCCUCGCCAUUGCCAGGGGUCACGCCUUCAUCCUGGUCUACUCCGUCACCAAGAAGCAAACCCUGGAGGAGCUGAAGCCCCUCUAUGAGCUGAUCCGUCAACUCAAAGGCAACAACCCGCAAAAGUGCCCCAUCAUCCUGGUGGGCAACAAGUGCGAUGAGAGCCACCGGGAGGUGAGUGAGAAGGAAGGUGCCGCCUACGCGUCGGAGUGGAAUUGCGCCUUCUUGGAGACCUCCGCCAAGAUGAAUAUCAAUGUGCAGGAGCUGUUCCAGAUGCUGAUCAACUUCGAGAAGAAGCCUGCCGCCGCCGCCGCCGCCGCCGCCGCCGGCGCCCAGCCUCCCCAGAAGAAAUCCCAGAUCCCCAAGACCGCCGAGAAGCUGCUGGGCAAGUGCAUCAUCAUGUGAACCCUGAGCCUUAAGGAGCCCGACCCUCUUCUCCUUCAGUGUGCUGAAAACAUGGACCGACCCCAUUGUGCUCUGUCACCUGUACAUGACUGACUUUUGUGCUGUGGUUUGGGUUGUAACAAUUAAAUGUCAAUAAAUGUCCCUUGUGAGUUAGUAACUUUUCUUUUCCCCAGGCAAGAGAACUCGAAUUGUUGAAAUAUGGACAUUGGAGGAGGAGAGGAAAAAGGAACAGGAUGCAUUUUAAAGGAUGGGACUUGGACGGACUUUAGAGAUUAAUGUUUAAGAAAGAGAAUGGAAAUAGCAAAAUGAAUUGAAAGAUGUCACUGCCCUUCUUGUAAUCCUAUUAUUGUGUAUUAUUCUUAAACAUUUCAAGUCCUGUAAAUGUCUGAUCAUAUCUUCCCAUUGUGUAUUUAAUUGUUAAGAGAGAUGUUUUUGCAACAAAAUCUCUGACAGAUGACUGUGAGACAGAGAUACUAAACAUGAUAAAUAAAUGAAUGUUCUACAGUUGAGCAUUGAGUGUGGGAGCAGAGAAAAUUGUGAUAGUGGAACUUGCUUACUAAAUGUAUGCCAAUUGUUUCCUAAGUCAUUUAAAAAUGUUUGAGUAUUCUACACUGCAGUUUAAAAAAAUUGUAACAGUUCCGUGACUUAAUAAAGCUUUUCCUGCAUGCAA